AUGGCAACGCUUCCAACCAUGACCAAGCAAGAAACGCCUGUCACAGUCGCAUUUCGGAAUUUCAAAACACAGUGGUUUCUCGUGCCACAAGGGACCGGUAUAAUUGCUGUCAUUUUACAUCAGCUGAAAUACCAAUUUACCGGGCUGAAUAUAAUUUCCUACAUAUUCUGGCUCCUUACCAUCAUUUUCCUGACGUUACUACUCGCCAUAUUCGCCCUCAAGAUCGUCAUAUUUCCAAAAGUCGUCGGCGAGACUCUCAGGACCGAAAUAGGGGAGACAGCAUGUCUUGCCAGCAUCUCGAUCACUUUUACCAGCAUCAUCCAGAUGAUGGAUCUCAGUCUAGUUGACGCCUGGGGACCGGGCUGGGGCAUGGCGACGCUUGUGCUCUGGUGGAUCAACGCAGCCAUGGCUGUUGUUGCUUGCAUUGGGAUCACUUAUGUCUUUAUGAAAUAUGAGGCUCCUGGGGUCCGAGGAUUAUCCCCAGUGGCAAACCUUCCAGUGAUUGCAGCUCUCACAGCUGCCGCAGGAGGAGGCGUAGUAUGCCGAUAUGGCGAGCUAGACGAAGGACUCCAGAUUCCUGUCAUUAUCGUAUCCUAUCUACUCAUCGGGAUGGCUCUGCCCAUUGCAUUUGCCGUUGCUACAAUCUUCAUGGCCCGCCUUUUCGACCAAUCCUCACCAGUUGGGACGACCUUGUACCAAGACAUGAUCCUCUGCGGACCUUGGGGCCAAGGAAGCUUCGCGUUACAGAUCCUGGGCGAUGUUGUGACGAGGGGGAGCUUUGCUAAAUACAGCCGGGGCGUGUUUCUCACCAUGGAUGCGGCGGGCCCAAUCGGCUUUGCGAGUAUGUUUGCGGGCUUGCUUGCAUGGGGCCAAGGCACGUUCUGGUGGGUUUUCGCCAUCAUAAGCGUCCUGCACUCGGGCUUCAACAAGCGUGGGGAGUGGCGAGGAUUGAAUUUUGGGUUGGGAGCUUGGUCUCUUGUGUUCCCUUGGGGCGUUUAUACAAAUGCAUGCAUUCAACUGGGUAAAUUGUUGGACUCGCCGGCAUUCUGCAUAUGGUCAACCGCGCUCACAAUCACUCUUGUGAUGAUUUGGAUUGUGAACAUGGUCCUCACGGUCAAAGGCUUAAUUAGUGGUAAACUAGUUGGAUUGGAACACGGGUGGGGUGGCGACGCGUAUAAACGACGCCGAUUAGAGAAGGGACAAAGCAAUGACAGUGCUGACCAGAGGUCAGACACCGGUGAAGGUAACACAGUUGCGAAGCAGCCAGGGUCUGCUGAAUAAAUUCACAAAGAGUGCUCUGAACAUCUUGUAUAUAAUUUGAUGCA